AUGCAAACCCGCCGCAAAAGCCUCAACCUAGGCGACAUGGGUGUCAUCGCUCCGAAACGCCAUCUCGUUUCGACAACACGCUCCGUCGCCGAGGACGACGAACACCGCCCCGCGAAGAAGACGAAGUGGUCGCAUCUGGCCCUUUCACCAGCCUCAGGACUUAUGAGCCCGCCCCGCACCACGACCGUCAUUCGCAUCAAGGAAGAGAAGGAGAAGCCCAAAAUGUUGUCCGAGUUGUCGCCGCCACCUAGUCCGGUGCUCGAGAAUGGACACAAGGUCGACACAGAAGGAAUACAUGAUGAUAUCGUCGUUGGAGCGAUUCAACAACUGGAGAAGACGGGCAAUCGACCGCAUUUGGUCAAGGAGCUGGCUGCUGUGCUUGCAACCAAGCUACAUUCCGUGGAGAAAUCCGCCAACCCGACCGCACUGAUCUCCUCCCGUCUGACCGCCUACCUCCACCGCUCUUGGCCCGCCAUAUCCCCUUGCCCUCUUGCAAAGGACCUCUCACCAAUCCACCCGCGACGUCUCUACUUCUACUUAACCACAACACCUCACCAGCCCAUCCCCGAAGUUGUCGCCUCCGAACCACCCAAGCCAGCGCGCAUCAUCUCGCCCUCUCUCUCCUCCGCUUCCGCCGCCGACGAAGAAGAUGGACCCGACCAACGAAACUUCAUUCGCGACCGCCACGCCCUCUCCCCUUCUCCUGAAGUCGACCUCUCCUCCCACGACCUCGAUUCCACCGACGCCGACGACGGCCACUUCUCUCCUCCCGCACCCGUAGGCUCCUACCCCUCCCGCGACUCCAUCUCACGCGAACAAAGCGACUACUCCCACUCCCGCCGCGCCGCUUCACCACCCCUCGAAAAUGAAGAACGCGACUUCAAACAAACCGCAUCGGCAUUAUACGAACAAGCUCUCGCGAGAAGAAGUAGUCAGGAAUCCGCGAGGGAUGUCAGUAUGGAUGGAGGACAAACGGACACAGGCGCGGAGCAAGAUGCGGACAGUAUCAGCAUGUCAAUUGAAGGGCUGGAGGAUGAGGCGGAAGAAACAGAGGAGAGCGCGGCGCUGAAGAAUAGCGAGUGUGCGGCUGCUUUGUUUAGUAGCGAGGCCGGAUUUCUCAAUGUGAAGACGACGACGGGGAUGGAUUUCAGCAGUCCGGUGCUGAGGCCGAGGAGUGAGGAGGGGAGUCAAAGAGAUGGGAAGAUGGAGGUCGAGGUGGGUGAGAGGGAGGUCGAGGGCAUGUUGAUGUUGCCGGAUGCGGCGAUGGGAGGGUGGGAUUUGGGGAGGCCGGAGGAGGUCGAGUUGGAGGAGUUGGAGGAUAUGUUUGAUGCUUAUUGA